GGCAACGCGCGCUGACGUCCCGCCGCGAGGAGCGGCCACAGGGCUCAGGCCAGUGCGAGCCGCGAGGCGCUCCCUCAACCCCCCAGCUGCCGAUCCUUCAGCCCGCUCCCCCUCCUGGGACUUUAGGGGGUGUGUACUUGAGAAAAGUAGCCAUGAUUCACUUGAGAGUUAUUGCUGCAAAAUGUAAACCACAGGUCAUCAAUAGGUUUGCCCAGAAUAAUGCAGCAGUAUUUCUGAGAAGUCUCUGCAGUUUUUCUGGAACUUCAGAAUCUUCGCUCAAUGGAAGUAAUUCAAAUUACCUUGAGGAAAUGUUUGAUGCCUGGCUUGAAAAUCCUAAAAGUGUACAUAAGUCUUGGGAUGCAUAUUUCCAAAAUUCCAACAUGAUUGUAUCAGGAACAUUGUCAGAUAGUCUAUCCCCAAAGGGAAGCCUUCAAUCUCAUCAAGGGAGAAUGGCAGCCUCCUCAAAAGUUGAGAAACUGAUUGAAGAUCAUCUAGCUGUACAGUCAUUGAUUCGAGCGUAUCAGAUCCGUGGGCAUCACGUGGCUCAGCUAGAUCCAUUGGGAAUCCUAGAUGCAGACCUGGACUCAUGUGUUCCAAUUGAUUUAAUCACUUCCUUGGAUAAACUUGGGUUUUAUGGACUGCAUGAAUCUGAUUUGGAUAAAGUUUUUCGACUUCCUACAACAACCUUCAUUGGGGGUAAUGAGCAGUCAGUCUCAUUGCGUGAAAUCAUAAGAAGAUUAGAGGAGACUUACUGCAGGCACAUUGGCUUGGAGUUCAUGUUUAUAAAUGAUGUAGAACAGUGCCAGUGGAUCAGGCAGAAGUUUGAGACUCCAAAUAUUUUGCAGUUCACUAACAAGGAGAAAAGAAGGCUUUUGGCUCGUUUGAUCCGUUCAACAAGGUUUGAAGAAUUUCUUGCAAGGAAAUGGUCGUCUGAGAAGCGGUUUGGUGUGGAAGGAUGUGAGGUGUUAAUUCCAGCCUUAAAGACCAUUAUUGACAUGUCUAUUUCCAUGGGAGUAGACAACGUGAUCAUGGGAAUGCCACACAGAGGCCGGUUAAAUGUGUUGGCUAAUGUCAUCCGGAAGGAUUUGGAACAGAUUUUCUGCCAAUUUGACCCAAAAUUGGAAGCUUCAGAGGAGGGUUCAGGAGAUGUUAAGUACCACCUUGGUGUAUAUCAGGAAAGAGUCAAUCGAACAACUAACAAACAUAUAGCUAUGUCACUAGUGGCAAAUCCUUCUCAUUUGGAAGCAGUCAAUCCGGUGGUACAGGGUAAAACCAAAGCAGAGCAGUUUUACCGCGGAGAUACCACAGGCAAAAAGGUGAUGUCCAUCCUUCUACAUGGUGAUGCUGCUUUUGCUGGCCAGGGCAUUGUGUAUGAGACAUUUCAUCUGAGUGAUCUGCCAUCGUAUACCACACACGGUACAAUCCAUGUAGUUGUAAACAACCAGAUUGGAUUUACCACAGAUCCUCGUGUGGCUCGUUCAUCUCCUUACCCUACUGAUGUUGCUCGUGUUGUGAAUGCACCGAUCUUUCAUGUAAAUGCUGAUGACCCAGAAGCAGUGAUCUAUGUGUGCAAAGUGGCUGCAGAAUGGAGGAGCACAUUCAAUAAGGAUGUUGUAAUCGAUCUGGUGUGCUAUCGGAGAAGAGGACACAAUGAAGUGGAUGAGCCCAUGUUUACACAGCCUCUCAUGUAUAAAGAAAUCCACCGGCAAGUGCCCGUUCUCAAGAAGUAUGCGGAUAAACUAAUAUCAGAAGGGGUUCUGACACUACAGGAGUAUGAGGAAGAAGUUGCAGAUUAUGACAGGAUUUGUGAAGAAGCUUAUACCAGAGCAAAAGAUGAGAAAAUUCUUCAAAUUAAAGAGUGGCUAGAUUCCCCUUGGCCAGGUUUCUUCACUCUGACUGGCGAGCCGAAAAGUAUGACUUGUCCUCCAACCGGUCUUUCCCUGGACAUUCUGGAGCAUAUUGGGAAUGUAGCCAGUUCAGUGCCAGUCAAAAAUUUUAUUAUUCAUAGAGGUUUGUCUCGGAUUUUGAAUGGACGAGCAGAGAUGAUCAAGAAUCAAGUGGUUGAUUGGGCCCUGGCAGAGUACAUGGCAUUUGGUUCUCUACUGAAAGAAGGAAUUCAUGUUAGGCUUAGUGGACAAGAUGUUGAACGAGGUACCUUCAGCCAUCGCCAUCAUGUUUUACAUGAUCAAGAGGUAGAUAAGAAGACUUGUGUGCCCAUGAAUCAUAUGUGGCCAAACCAAGCUCCUUACACAGUUUGUAACAGUUCACUUUCUGAAUUUGGUGUCUUGGGCUUUGAGCUUGGAUUUGCAAUGGCAAGUCCGAACGCUUUAGUCUGUUGGGAGGCUCAAUUUGGUGAUUUUAGCAACACUGCACAGUGCAUUCUGGAUCAGUUUGUGAGCUCAGGCCAAGCAAAAUGGGUCAGAAAUAAUGGAAUUGUGCUCCUACUACCCCACGGAAUGGAGGGGAUGGGGCCAGAACACUCUUCAGCCAGACCAGAACGUUUCUUGCAAAUGAGCAAUGAAGAUUCUGAUGUAUAUCCUGGUUAUACAGAAGAGUUUGAAGUAAAGCAGCUGUUUGAUUGCAAUUGGAUUGUAGUAAACUGCUCCACACCAGCAAACUACUUCCAUGUGCUGAGGAGGCAGAUCCUACUACCAUUUAGGAAACCGUUGAUCAUUUUCACGCCAAAAUCUUUACUUAGACACCCGGAUGCCAAGUCGCAUUUUGAUGAAAUGCUAACAGGUACAACAUUCCAACGAAUCAUUCCUGACAUAGAGCUCGCAGCACAGAAUCCAAAUGAAGUGAAGAGAAUAAUUUUCUGCACCGGCAAAGUUUAUUAUGAGCUUGCAAAAGAGAGGAUGAACAGAAAUUUGGAAGAUAAAGUGGCAAUCAUCAGACUAGAGCAGUUGUCCCCAUUCCCAUAUGACCUGUUGAAAAAAGAAAUUGACGGAUAUCCUGACGCUGACAUUGUCUGGUGCCAAGAAGAACACAAAAACAUGGGGUAUUACAACUAUGUGAAGCCUCGAUUCAAGACAUUGUCACAGUAUGAAAAAUCAGUUCGGUAUGUUGGUCGUGAACCUGCAGCUGCACCUGCCACAGGUAACAAGAAUACACAUCUUGGAGAGCUACAGCAAAUCAUGGACAACUCUUUCAAUCUCAAAGCAUCUGGGGAUAUGUUUUAGGUCAAAUGGAAGAAGUGGCCAUAUGAUAGGUUUUAUUUCAGGGAAAUUAUACCUUACUGUGCUGUAAAAAAAUACUGCAAGUAAUUACUGUUGAUUUGUAUUGUCUUUAUCACUGUUAUUCAUAUAAAUGUUAACAUCAUUUAUCGUUUUUACUUUGCUACUUGGGAUUUAAAACUGCUUUAUAUGCAAAUUGGGGACUAGGCAGGAUGUAUUCUUCAGUCAAUUUAUCUAUUAUAGUUACCAUUUUGGGGCUGGCUUGAAUAACAGACCAUAUUAAUAUUAGCACUGUGCUUCCUUAUAAAAAGAUCUUUAGUUAUACAUACAACAUUUGAACUUUGCCCGUACAGAAAAGCAACAUUGUGUGCCACAUUGCUGAUAAUUAAGGAAUAUUAUAUCAGUGUUAUAAUAACAGGAUACUUUCCUCAGACUAUGGAGGCUGCAAAUAAUGAUUUUAAAAUGUAACAUCUUGCAUAUACUGUAUAAUUAGGGGAUUGACGUAAAUACAUCUUUUUUUUGUGUGGAAGAAUCUAUCAUCAAUGCAAGCACAAUUAUUCAGGGAGGGGUAAGAGUUUAUUUUUAAAAAGUCAGGCAAGGGAAUUGCCAUCAAGUCUAUACAGAAUCAUUCCAUACAGUGGUUUUCUUUAAACCCUUACUGCUCCCUCUUAGUAGAGAAAUAGGGACCAGUGAAACACCUUCAAUAGAUAAUAAACUAUUGUAUGUAAUUGUGAAUUCAGUUCAUUCUGUUAGCAAAAUUGACCUGAUGAAUGCUAGUAUCAGAUGUCAAUGUAUAUUCAUCACCUUUGUCUUUGGAAGAAAUCCGGCAAAUCAUUUACUCUUGUAUUUUAUUUCUAAAUUAGAUGCAUAAAUGUAUUUCUGAGUGAGGCAAUCUCAUGCUCAAAAACAAAAUUGGGGAUGGUUUUGACUAGCUUUAUUGGAGAGGUGCUAACUAUCCCUUGUUAAUGUACAAAAACAUUAGGUCAGUAUUCAAACUUGGAAACUUGGUUGAGCCUGUUAUCUAGGAACAAAAUGAUGUCUGUUUUGGGUCUGUAGAUCUUGCACCUACAGAGGAAUAUGAUCACAGUUAAUUCUAUGUAAUUGGUUACUGCUGUAGCAGCAGAGAUGGGUGAAGGUUAAUUGGAUGGGGAGUGGCUGCAAAACUUUAUCCUGACCUGUAACAGCAUGGGGCUGUAAAUGUAAUCUCACAGUACACGUAAGGAUUGGAAUACAAUUCUGGAUAUUUUAAUUCCCAAUGUCACCCUCAACUAACAUUGACUAACCUCGAACAGCAAAAUAAUUGUUUAAACUGCUGUAGAGCUCUUACAGUAAUGAGUUGCUUCAUCUUAUGAGAAAGGUCCAAAAUAGAAAUUUGACGGAAAAGCUAUCCAAACUGUUACUGCAGUGUCUGCUUCUAGUGGUAUGGAGAUGAUUAAAUCCAGGUGACACUUUCUGAAAAUUAGCGCUUUGCUAUAUCAGUUAACAUUGUAGUCUUGAAUGCAAUGCAAAAUAAAAAUGAAUUUAGAUAGUAUACUAUAUCCUUUGUUUGCUAAUUUUAGCAAAAGGUUGAUGUAAAUAUAGUGAUUUUAAUGGUUUAAAAAGGAAACGUGCAUACAAGUUGGUAAAGAUAUGUCAAAGAUUCCAUUGAGGCUCUUCAAUGUAUGAAUGGCAAGUGAGAGCUGAGAAUAAAUAUGCAUGUGUAGGUGACAAAGAAACAACUGACAGGCAUUUUUACACUAAAAGAUUGAUGCAGCCAUGUAGGGUGUGCAGUGUAUUUCCACUGGUGUUGGGGAAAUGGACAAUUUAAAAGCUGUAUUUCUGCUGAUUGUUUAUACACGUAGAGCCAGCUGUUCAAAUUGUGAUUAUUCAGCUAUGAGAUCUAUCUGUAUCAAGCUAUUGGUCAACCCUUUUCUUCUUGUGCAUUAAAGUCUGUUUUUGUUUAAUCAUUUC